AUGUGGUAUAUAUUUGAAUAUACAACACAUGCUGAGGUGAAGAAGCAGAAUCGUAAAGGUGAAUUAUUGCUUCGUGAUGUGGAAUUUCUGGCAACCAUAGCAACAGUAUUAUCAGGAACCAGUGGAAGUCGUUAUAAAUAUCCAUCAGGAGAUUUAGAUCGCCUGUGGAAACUUCUGUUGUUAAACCAGUUCCAUGAUGUUUUACCUGGAUCUUCUAUUGGUAUUGUCUAUACAGAUGCCCAUGAAUAUUACAGAGAUAUACAGAAAACAGGAAAUGAAUUACUAGAUAAAUCGUUGACAGCAAUUACUCAAAAGGGGGAUAAUUCUGUUGUUGUGAACACUCUAGGUUGGAAUAGAAGAGAAGUUAUCUCCCUUACUAAAGGUGAUAUAAGCCCAUCUAGGAAGAAAGUUAAAACAGAUAAAUCCAGCCAACAAGUUGAUCAUAAAGGAGAUGAUUUAGUGUAUUGUGAGGUUCCUAGUUUUGGAAUUUCUGAGUUACAACAGGUUGAUAUUCCUGCUCCAGUCACUGUUAACCAAACGGAAAGUGCUAUACAGUUGUCCAAUGGUUUAUUGUCAGCUGAUUUAGAUAAUAAUGGUAGAAUUAUAUCAUUAUAUAAUACAACAACUCCUCAAGUAAAUUUAAUAAACGCUGAUCAUCCAGGCAAUCAGCUACUGAUAUAUGAUGACAUUCCAUUAUACUGGGACGCCUGGGAUGUUAUGGACUACCAUUUAGAAACCAGGAAGUUAGUUGACAAUGUAACCCAGAAAGCUGUUAUUAUAGAUAAAGGACCACUACGUGUCACCAUUCAGGUUUGCUUAAGAAUAUCUGAAGUGAGUCAUAUUAAACAGGAGAUAACUUUAGAUGCUGGAUCACCAUAUAUAACAUUUAAAACUCAGGUUUCUUGGCAUGAGAACAGAAAGUUCCUGAAAGUGGAAUUUCCUACAAGUAUCCAUAGCAACAAGGUAUCGUUUGAUAUACAGUAUGGUUUUAUAGAGAGACCUAACCAUUAUAACACUUCCUGGGAUUCUGCUAGAUUUGAAGUUUGUGGACAUAAAUGGGCUGAUAUAUCAGACUAUAAUCAAGGAUUAGCUGUAUUAAAUGACUGUAAAUAUGGCUACUCAGCUAUUGAUGGAAUUCUACGUCUGUCAUUACUGCGAUCACCCAAAGCCCCAGAUGCUGAUGCUGACAUGGGUGACCAUGAAUUUACGUAUGCUGUCAUGCCUCAUCAAGGACGUUUACAAGAGAGUGGAGUUAUACAACAAGCUUGUAAUCUAAACUCACCAUUAAUUAUAAAAACUGGUAACAGUUUGACUACCAGUAGUAGUUACUUUACAGUCAAUACUACACAAGUUAUACUCGAUACUGUUAAACUGAGUGAAGAUAGUGGGAAUAAAAUAGUGCUAAGAUUAUAUGAAACUUAUGGUGGAUCAACAACAGCUGAAAUAUCAACUGUAUUCAAGAACAUAACAGUACAAAGAUGUAAUUGUUUGGAAGAGGUGAUUACUGAUGAAAGAUGUCUUAAUGUAACUAGUGGUCAACAGACGCAGAUAACCCUAGAAUUUAAACCGUUUGAAUUAAUUUCCCUACUCGUAACUUUCUAAACAAAUAUCGCUGGAUUUAUGGUCAGAGAUUAUAUUGAUUUCAGCAACAUCUUGUGGGUGUUCAAAUCCAUUUAAAUCAAGGCCAUCUAAUGAUCUACAGAGUUGAUUCUAUUCUUGUUAAUGUUAAACAUACAUUAUGCAAGAGCAAAAUCUGCUUAUUACAAGUCUUUCUUUAGGCCUGAAAUGUUAUCUAAAUUAUCAAUUAGACAUUAAUUAACUUACCCAGACCAUAAUAAACUCUCGAUGUCAAGGCUAGCCUUCGAUGCUGGCUGGAUUAGAUUCCUAUAUGCCACUAACGGCCGUUGAUAAUUAAAUCAGAAAAAGUGGUUAAUCGAGACUAUGCUGUUUAUAUUAAUGAUUUUAGUAAUGAUGACCGAGACUAUGCAAAAAUUUCAACCGCUUUUUUCUCGGCUCAUAGUGGAUCAAUUUGACUGAAAUUUUCAGCAAAUUACCUUUACACUAUCUAGUUUUUAACUAUUAUAGCGAGAACUGCCAUCUCUUUAUCUUAUCUCCCAUAAUGUAUCUUUAAUAAAUGGCUAAAUAAUUCAUGCAAUAUUUUUAAAGCCAAAAGAAAGACCUGCCAUUACAUUUCUCUGUGCGUCAUUUGUAUCUUUUGGAAAGUAUCAAAUUUUCUACUGCUUAUCCAUGCUAAAAUAUACCCAAAUUGAUUAUUUAAUAUUUAAAUAAGAAAAAAGAUUUGAGCUUUGACUUGUGUAAACUAUAUCAUCGUCUGCAGUGGAUGGCAAAUGUUGGCAGAUUUUCAAUUGAUGUCUUUGUAAAUGAACUGAUAUUCCUUUUAGAGAUUCCCCUUGUCAGUGGUGCAGAACGGAUGGCCGACAAGGACAGCUGUCUAGUUAGUUGGAUGAGAUGAAAAACCUAGGGCCUGUGUAUACAUUGGCGUGAAUGUAAAAGAUCCCUUGGCAGCUGGAAUUCGAUAUAAGAGUAGGCCGUAGUGCAGCUGCAUGUACAAAAUUCCCUCAUUAUAUGGCAUAUUUCUGUGUUCCUUAGUCCCGUAGGAGCAGAACAGUAGGAUGUUGAACCCCAUUUCAUUUCAUUUCCUUUUAAAGAAUCAAGUUUCACAAUAUUGUAGUGAUUCUUCAACCCCUAAAAUGACUAUCAGAGAUGAGGAGUAGGGUCGCCUGUCAAAACUCAUGGGUUUUCUCCGGGUCCUCCAGGUUUCCUCCCACUGUUUAAAAACCCAUACGCGCAAGCGAAUUAUUAAAAUAAAAUUGAACCAUGUGUUAGUCCCGAAAUGACCUAGUUUGUGUUGAGUGGACAUUAAACCCCAUUUCUUUCUCUCUGUCAUAGAUUUUAAGUCACUUUGAGACUAGCAUUUUUACUUCUAUAAUUACGUGGCAUGGGAUCUUUAACAUGCACUUACAAUUUGUACAUGGGUCCUUUGGUUUUAUAUAUUAUCCGAAAAACUAGACACACUUUCCUGAUCCGAAUGUUCAAUAAUUUGUUAUAUUUCAUGAUAAAAUUAUUUAAUUGGAUGUUACUAAAAUUGUCAUUCUUUGGAAAAUAUAUCUUUCUGAUAUAUGUGGUAAAUAGAAUACUGUUAUUUCAAACAUUGAUCAAAUGGCAAAUUUUUGAAGAAUACAAGCAAAUAUCAUUGAAUACAGCCAUUGAAUAACCUAUGGUUGAAUUCAAUGGUUUGUUCACAUACAACUUUUGUCCAGAAAGACAUCACUUUCAGAAUUACGUCAAACUGUAAUGACGUCACCACUAACAACCACAAUUUUGUAAAAAAGAAAGAAAAAGGGUGGGACCUAUGAUGAAUUUUAACGUUAUUGGUGAUGAUUUAUUUUUGAUAAUCUGGAUAGUACAGUGUAUUUUGAGAUUUACAUGUAGUUAUGGAAUAAAAACAGAACUCAAUGACUAUUGAAUACCACUUGGGUUAUUCAAUGGUUCAAGAGUGUGUAUACCUGCCGCAUUCCACUCGAUAGCGCUUGUGGAAUACUUGCGGUUUUCAAUGGCCAUUGAGUUCUAUCUAUAUAUAUUCUUACAUUGUAAUAAAUUGCAUUAUAUAGCU